UACGGAAGCACUCUGUUCGGCGAGAGAGAGAGAGGGAGAGAGAGCAAUGUUACAGUUCCCGGGGUUCAUGAAACAGUACCCGUGGUCAACAAGGACCAUACCGACGUCGUUUCUGCUGCCAACCCAAUGGCCCCAACCCCAUAGUGAGGAGCUCCUCCUCGCCAUGGAGGAGUCCGAUUUCGAAGAGAAGUGCAAUGAAAUCAGAAAGAGUAGCAGCACCAUGGCCGUUAUUGGGAAAACCGCUGUCGACAACGAUAAAGAAGACUAUGACAACGAUCCAGACGAUGAUGAUGUAGACAAUGCAGAGGAUUCCGAAGGUGAAGAGUUUGAGCAGGAAACCAGUUGAAAUUGCUGACAGCGAUACCCCUUGUUGUGUUUCCGUUUGGACGGCCACAAGCCUGCACCGAAUGCGGCAUUAUCUUUACGUGUAUCCUCAUACAUUAGCUUAAACAAAUUUGCUGAACUAAGCCACUUCCCUGUUCCCUCUAUUGAUAAAAGAUAAAGUCUCUGCCUUUUGUGUU